AGGGGAGGCGACCAGAGUAGAGAACGGCCGAUUGUACUGCUGGAGCAUCGUAGGGACUGUCAGCAGGGAGCGCAACCGACGACUGAGCUUAGAGUUGGGGGUAUGAGAGCUGUCAUAAUCCGCUCCCAUCUUCCUCGGGUCGGUCUCCUGUCCGACUGACAACCAUCGGAUCAGAAGCUCCACUUAACCAGCUGUCGGACCAACCCGAUAUCGUAUCUGCAUUGUCUGUUGAUGACAGUGGCACCUUGCAACCAUGGAGCUGAGAGUGGGGAACAAAUACCGGCUGGGGCGAAAGAUAGGGAGUGGAUCCUUUGGAGACAUUUACCUUGGUGCCAACAUUGCAACUGGUGAGGAGGUAGCCAUCAAGCUAGAAUGUGUGAAGACCAAACACCCACAGUUGCACAUUGAAAGCAAAUUCUACAAGAUGAUGCAGGGAGGAGUUGGUAUUCCAUCGAUAAAAUGGUGUGGUGCGGAGGGAGACUAUAACGUCAUGGUAAUGGAGCUGCUGGGGCCCAGUCUGGAGGACCUUUUUAACUUCUGCUCCCGGAAGUUCAGCCUAAAGACUGUCCUGCUUUUGGCCGACCAGAUGAUUAGUCGCAUCGAGUACAUCCACUCCAAGAACUUCAUCCACAGAGAUGUCAAGCCAGAUAACUUCCUUAUGGGGUUGGGCAAGAAGGGCAACCUGGUGUACAUCAUCGACUUUGGGCUGGCCAAAAAGUACCGCGAUGCACGCACGCACCAGCACAUCCCUUACAGGGAGAACAAGAACCUGACCGGAACGGCACGCUACGCCUCCAUCAACACACAUCUUGGAAUUGAGCAGUCAAGACGUGAUGACCUGGAGUCUCUGGGCUACGUCCUCAUGUACUUCAACCUGGGGUCCCUCCCCUGGCAGGGCCUUAAGGCUGCAACAAAGAGACAGAAGUAUGAGCGAAUCAGCGAGAAGAAAAUGUCCACACCCAUCGAGGUUCUUUGCAAAGGCUAUCCUUCGGAGUUUUCCACUUACCUGAAUUUUUGCCGCUCACUCCGUUUCGAUGACAAACCAGACUACUCCUACCUACGCCAGCUUUUCCGGAAUCUCUUCCACCGUCAGGGAUUCUCCUAUGAUUACGUCUUUGACUGGAACAUGCUCAAAUUUGGCGCCAGUCGAACAACUGAGGAGGGGGAACGGGAAAGGAGGACGGGGGAUGAGAGAGAAGAUCGGAUAGGAGGGGCCCCCAGGGGCUCUGCGUCACGGGGCCUCCCCUCAGGUCCCACCCAAGGCGCUCCUAACAGAGUCAGGAAUGGACCAGAACAAGCCAUCUCAAACCCUGCCUCACGGGUUCAACAGUCUGGCAACACGUCGCCACGUGCAAUAUCUCGCGCUGAGCGGGAGAGGAAAGUGAGCAUGCGUUUACACCGCGGGGCUCCUGCCAACGUAUCGUCCUCUGACCUCACAGCGCGUCAAGACCAGUCGAGGAUAUCCACGUCACAGGUCAGCGUGCCAUUCGAGCACAUGGGGAAGUGAAUUUCCUCAGCUCUUCAUGCACAGAAAAUGACAGGGCUGCAAGGAUUUUUUUUUCUCUCUCUACACCUUUCUUUUCCCCUGUACUUUAUACCUUCUUUCUUGAAAAGGUUUUUUUUUUGUAUAUGGACAUGCAGGUUGUUCGGAGCAAGACCUUAAAUGUUUCAAGGAUUCAGGAAAACACAUGAAGGUAUUCAACAAGCAUUCUGACCCGGACCGUUCUUACUAAACGUAGGAUUACCACAAAGCUAACGACAAUGCUGCACCUUGACAGUUGCUCAUUCCUACACUGUAUGUUCCUCAAAACAUUCCCUUAAUACUUUGACAAAUGUGAAAAGGCUGUUGGCAUUGAAGGAACAAAAAAAAACAUUUCAGGGACAUGCAUGUUUCUUAUCAAAGGUGAUGUACAGGCUUUGUAGGGUUUUUUUUUUUUUUUUUUUCAGUUUUAGCACAGCAAAUGUAACUGUUAUCUUCAUUGUUCAUAAAGGUUUAUUAGAAGGAAGGUUGUUUUUUCCUUUUUUAUUUGAUGUUUUUAAGAAUUGAAAGCUUAAUCGGAUGAGGCAUGUAGAUCAGAAGGUUGCAACCAGAAAGAGAACUGAAGA